AUGGCCUUCAGCUUUGGGUUCUCGGGGGAUGACAUCGACAUGGAUGAUUCAGAAAUCAGAAAUGAUAUCUGCCCUGUCUCCUCUCAACAGAAUGUCGGCAACUCUCUUCCCGAGCUGGUGAAAGCGAGUAAACACGAUAUGAACGAAUGGCUCUCAUCUCUCCCGUCUCAAAUUUCAUUCAACAAACUCAAAAUCGGCAAUGCACCCGUCGUCAUUGCCCGUCGAGAAAUCUUUGAUAUCCGCACGCAGCUCAUGGCCGAAGACAGCGCGGGCCAUGAUAACGAAGAGCUAAUUGCCGGCAUAGAGAAAGGCGAUAUCAAGCCUAAUUUCUAUGAAGGUGGGUUCAAGACGUGGGAAUGCGCGUUGGAUCUGGCGAAGCUCUCCCUUGAUGAGGAUAUUCUCAAUGGUUCCUCCGAUGAAUUGCAAGAUAGUCAUAUCAUUGAGCUUGGCACAGGCACAGCAGUUCCAUCAUUGACACUGUUCGCCCGCAUUCUCAAUGGCACAGAAACCACAGACAAGAAGCACUUCACAUUUGCAGAUUACAACUCUGACGUUUUGCGCCUUGUCACAUUGCCUAAUCUUCUUCUGACAUGGCAGAAUAGCCGUUCCCAAACGGCUGUCUCGAGCACUUCUUCUACUGCUCCAGACCAGGAAGAGGAGCUAGACAUCACACCAGAAUUGAUCGAAGAGUUCAAAACUGAUCUUGUGAACCGUGGCAUAUCUGUUGAUUUAAUUUCCGGUGCUUGGUCUCCUGAGUUUGUCGAUCUGGUCUUUGAGUCUGGCAAUACUCCCCGCAGAACGUUGGUUCUUGCUAGUGAGACAAUUUACUCGCCUGCUUCGUUGAGUGCAUUCUCCGAGACUCUUUUGGCACUUUUGUGUCGGGCGAACACUGCUUCGACGAGGAGUCGUGCUCUUGUUGCGGCGAAGAAGGUUUACUUCGGUGUUGGUGGUGGCGUGGAUGAGUUCCUUGCUGUGCUUGGUAAUGUCUGUGGAAGUAAACUGGAUGUUCAGCAGAAGUUGAAUGUUCAUUCCGAGGGAGUGGGGAGGGUUGUUCUGGAGGUUGUGCCGUCUACUACGACCUGA